AUGAGUUUGAUCUUUAGAUAUUUUAAACCGAGAAUUCUCGGGAAAUCUUAUGAAAAUAUUCGAUUUGGAAGAAAUUAUUCUCUAUCUAUACAAAAUUCAAUAAAAGAAGAACAUUUUUCUGAUUUGGCCAAAGACCAAGCUUUCAAACAAGUUUUGGACGAUAUAAAUAAAGCUUUAUCUUCAGCUUCCAUACAGGAUUCUUUGUAUAAUAUAGAAGGAUACGAAGAAAAACCAUAUGUGCGCAAAUCACCCGAAGCCAGUUUCGGCAGCAAAAGAAUCGGUUGGGUAAUGUUACCCGAUUGGCUAAAUGAAGCAGUUUUAGAAACUAUCAAAGAACACGACAGGGAAAUCAUUAAACAAGAUGCAAAAAGAAUCUAUUUAUCCCUGCGGUCCACUACUGGUUAUAACCCUAAUUCUGGCAUAGAUUUAAAAGACCCCAUCAUGGGUCCAUGCAAAAGCGCACUAAAUACAUUCAAGCGCUUUGCUCAGGAAAACGAAGUCAAACCUCACGUUCUUGAAUAUGGUAAUCGUGAGGCAAUAGCUUAUCUCGCAGGCUAUUUACCAAUUUCUUAUGGUCCGAUUUUCAAUGUCCUCACUGAACUAAAAAGCAGAAUUCCAGACUUUUCACCACGGAAUGUCUUAGAUUUUGGAACUGGACCCGGAACAGCAAUAUGGGCAACGCACGAUAUUUGGGGUAAAAGUGAUCAGAAUUUUUUGGGCAUUGACACCUCCGAAUCAAUGUUGAGAACAGCGGAGAAGCUGUUAUCAUUUCAUUCUAAUAAGGAUCAAAUAAAAAACAUUGAAUUUAAGCGAUACCUUACCUAUGAGCCACACUUGAAACACGAUCUCGUAAUUAGCGCAUUCGCUUUGAAUGAGCUGUUAAACGAUAACGUUAGAGAAACUGUUUUGGAAUCCUUGUGGAAUAAGACGAGCGAUAUACUGGUUUUAAUCGAAAACGGUACUCCGGCUGGAUUUAAAAUCAUAGCGGAAGCGCGUAAGAAAAUUUUGAGGAUGGCAAAUAAACAACAAAUGAAUGAAGUCGAGUCAAUUACAGAUGAAACCAGCGAUAAAACAAAUCGUGGAGCUCAUGUGGUCGCACCGUGUCCUCAUGAUGGAACUUGUCCUUUGAUAGCUUCAAGAAAUUGGUGUCAUUUUUCUCAACGUAUUAACAGGCCGUAUUAUCUCAUGAAAACAAAAAAUGUGAAGAAGGACAACUUUGAAGAUUCAAAAUAUAGUUAUGUCAUUCUAAGAAAAGGAAAACGUCCAACACAAAUCACCGUAGACGUCGAUGAAAAGCGCGAUUUAACGGCCGAGGCUUAUUAUUGGUCACGUUUGAUUAUGCCGCCUAUGAAGCGAAGCGAACACGUUGUUAUGGAUUAUUGUUAUAUCGAAAGAGGCAUUAUUCCAAAAUCUCAGGGGAAGACACCAUAUCGGGAUGCACGUAAAUCCAUGUGGGGUGAUUUGUUUCCACAUGAACCAAAGAAACCUGCAGUACGAAGGCUCAUUUCACAAAGAAGCAAGCAAUUAGAUGUAAAGAGUCAAGAAAAAGACCAAAUGCGAAUUCCUAGUGGACAAAAGAUUAGUAAAAAGAAAGAUCUAUCUUUAAUAAGAGAAGGAAGACUUAGGAAAAAAGAGCGCGAGAAUGAUGUAGGAAUGGCAUCAAUUCUCAGCUUAUGA